GAGUGAAUGAAUACAGCACUCAAGAAGAUCAAGCUCAACGUGAAAAACGAGAAGAGUGAACAACUUCAUCGGAAGGUGCUUAUAAUCUUCCGACGAUAUCACAGCCUUGAUGAACUUGAUACGAUGACCAAGAAAAUAACUGUUCUUCUGUGAACAGACGUAUCUGGUAACAGACCCAUUUUUCUACAUAGAAGUUGCUAGAGAAGAAGGAGACACUACUAGCAACUACAUCUUCUUCUUCACAAUCAGCACGAAUCGGGAAGUUGUAGGAGAUUUCUUCACGAUUGGAUCACCAUCAUCAACGACGACAACAGCUUGAAGAGUUUUGGC